CCUGGCCCAGGAGUGUGAGAAGCUACAGGAGGAUCCCAGGGAAGGUAUAUCAGUUGCGGGCCCAACUGCUGCCCCACAGCAACAGCGCCGCCCGCAGACAGCGAAAGUGUCCGCCCAGCCUCACAAGCACAAAUGGCUGCUGCACUUCCACUUCCAGAUCCUGCACGGAAACCUGUCCUGUGGUGGCACACCCUAACUGGAAACAGACAGGGAAGGGAAUGCUGGGAAAUGUAGUUCAGCCUAGCCAACUCGAUGUGUUACAAAGCCACAAGCAGCAGAUCCCCGUUUUUGAGAAUGCGAGAUGCUGGUUUGGAGAUGGACAUGCUAGAGGACCUUGAGACACUGCAGUUUGAGUAUGGGAUUCAAGAGGAAGACCACAGCUGGCUGUAUUUGCUGGGCCGUUCUCAUGGGCUAAUGACCAAGGCCUGUGCCCACGCAACCUUCUUCUGCAAACUACUCCAUAAUUUGAGAAAAUCAUUACAGGAGAAGCAAACUUCUAGAUGUCGCUUGACCGGAUUGCGUGAAGACACUCCUGAUGACGAUGCGUUAAAGGUGGGCAUCAUUGGAGGCGGCCACCUUGGGAAGCAGCUGGCUCAUACACUGCUUCAGCUUGUCCCCAUCCCAGCUGACAGCCUGAGGAUCUCCACUCGGAGGCCAGAGGCCCUGGAUGAAUUCAAGAAACUGGGGAUCCAGUGCUUUUACCAUAACUCUUCUCUGGUGGAGUGGGCCAACGUGAUAUUCCUCUGCUGCCUGCCAUCUCAGCUGUCUAAUAUCUGUGUAGAAAUUCAAACCAGCCUUGGAAAAGCCUGCAUUGUGUACAGCUUUGUAGCUGCCGUCCCACUACCCAGGUUGAAACUCCUACUGAACCACACCAAUGUCUUGCGGCCUCAGUAUCAGUGUGUUGAAGAUCUUGCCAGCAUCUGGGGGGCCAAUAAGGAAAUCACAGCUGCUCUCCAAGACCCUGUGAUUCUUCAGGCUACCUGUCCCUACAGUCCUGCUGGGGGAAUAAUCCUCAAUAUCAAGUGGUUGGAGGGAGUGUUCUAUGCAGCCAUAAAUGUCUGCACAGCAAAGGACAUGCCCCACUCACAAGUGCUGCAGCUUCUGAAUGAACUGUUCCUCUCCAAGCACUUGGAAGCCUGUGAGAAAGACAGAGUGUCUUUCCAAAAAUUUCAAGCACAAGAUUUUGUCAGCAAAGCCUAUGCCAAGAACCUGUCUCGGAAAAGGCCUUUCCCCUGGUUUGAUCUGACUGCUGUGCAACUCAAGGAAACUCCCUUUAGCCAGUAUCUCUCACACAGCACUACUUUUCAGGACAACCUUACCCAUCUAUACUGUGAUUCAUUUGGCAUCACCCUAACCAAAGAACAAGAGCCAGAGGUUUCCACAGGUUUUUCAUCCCAAUAAGAGAAGAGACAUCAGGAAUCAGGAUUUUUUUCUCCCUCUACAGUGCUGGCAUUACAACUACUGAAGACUGCGUGCCCUGGAGCCUGCGUGACCUGGGCCCACAUGCCACAACUACUGAAGCCUGCG